AUGUCGUGCCGCUUCGACUUUUCGGGCAAGAAGAUUGUCGUCACCGGCGGAAGCCAGGGAAUUGGACGCGAUAUCUGCGAGAGUCUCGCCGCGAGCGGGGCUACCGUAUACGCGAUGGCCAGAAACGGGCAGGCGCUGGAGGAGCUGCAGAAAAAGUUCCCCUCCAACAUCAUUCCACUGGUUUGCGACGUGACGGCACCAAUCGAGGAAUUGGAGGCUAUUUUGGCGCCGCACGCUCCUUACGACGGUCUGGUGAAUAAUGCGGGGGUGGCCGUGCUGGAGACGGCGAUGGAGGCACGAGCGGACAGUAUCGAUCGGGACCGGCAAGUCAGAGGAAUGGCGGAAAAAUUCCAAUUUUUCUUCGGAAUUACUGUAAAGAUAAAGGAAUGC